AGAUCAAACAUUUUUAUUUUUAAUUUAUUUUUUAAUGAAUAUUUUAUUUUAUUUUUCGGCUGCACUGCACUGCAAGUGGGAUCCCAGUUCGACCAGGGAUCGACCCCUACCCCCCUGCAUUGGAAGCGCGGAGUCUUAACCAUUGGAUCACCAGUUCCGUAGAGUUACUUUCGAGAUGGACUCAACCCUAACAGCAAGUGAAAUCCGGCAGCGUUUUAUAGAUUUCUUCAAGAGAAAUGAACACACCUAUGUUCACUCAUCUGCCACCAUCCCUUUGGAUGAUCCCACUUUGCUCUUUGCCAAUGCAGGCAUGAACCAGUUCAAACCCAUCUUUCUGAAUACUGUUGACCCAUCUCACCCUAUGGCAAAGCUGAGCAGAGCUGCCAAUACCCAGAAAUGCAUCCGGGCUGGGGGCAAACACAAUGACCUGGACGAUGUGGGCAAGGAUGUCUAUCAUCACACCUUCUUUGAGAUGUUGGGCUCCUGGUCUUUUGGAGAUUACUUCAAGGAAUUGGCAUGUAAGAUGGCUCUAGAACUUCUCACCCAAGAGUUUGGCAUUCCAGUUGAAAGACUCUACGUUACUUACUUUGGGGGGGAUGAAGCAGCCAGCUUAGAACCAGACCUGGAGUGCAAACAGAUCUGGCACAACUUGGGGCUGGAUGACAGCAAAAUCCUCCCAGGCAACAUGAAGGAUAACUUCUGGGAGAUGGGUGACACGGGCCCUUGUGGUCCCUGCAGUGAGAUCCACUAUGACCGGAUUGGUGGUCGGGAUGCGGCGCACCUCGUCAACCAGGAUGACCCCAAUGUGCUAGAGAUCUGGAACCUCGUGUUCAUCCAGUAUAACAGGGAAACCGAUGGCAUUCUGAAACCUCUUCCCAAGAAAAGCAUUGACACAGGGAUGGGCCUGGAGCGAUUAGUGUCUGUGCUGCAGAAUAAAAUGUCCAACUAUGACACUGACCUUUUUGUCCCUUACUUUGAAGCCAUUCAGAAGGGCACAGGUGCGCGGCCAUACACUGGGAAGGUUGGUGCUGAUGAUGCUGAUGGGAUCGACAUGGCCUACCGGGUGCUGGCCGACCACGCUCGGACCAUCACCGUGGCCCUGGCUGAUGGUGGCCGACCUGACAACACAGGGCGGGGGUAUGUGUUGAGACGGAUUCUCCGCCGGGCUGUUCGAUACUCCCAUGAGAAACUCAACGCCAGCAGGGGUUUCUUUGCUACAUUAGCAGAUGUUGUUGUGCAGUCCCUGGGAGAUGCAUUUCCUGAGCUAAAGAAGGACCCAGAUAUGGUGAAGGACAUCAUUAAUGAAGAAGAAGUGCAAUUUCUCAAGACGCUCAGCAGAGGGCGUCGCAUCCUGGACAGGAAAAUUCAGAGCCUGGGAGACAGCAAAACCAUUCCCGGGGACACUGCUUGGCUCCUCUAUGACACCUAUGGGUUUCCAGUGGAUCUUACUGGACUGAUUGCUGAAGAGAAGGGCCUGGUGGUAGAUAUGGAUGGCUUUGAAGAGGAGAGGAAGCUGGCUCAGCUGAAAUCACAGGGCAAGGGAGCUGGUGGGGAAGACCUCAUUAUGCUGGACAUUUAUGCUAUUGAAGAGCUCCGAGAAAAGGGUCUGGAGGCAACAGAUGAUUCCCCAAAGUAUAAUUACCAUUCGGACUCCAGUGGGAGCUACGUGUUUGAGAGUGCAGUGGCUACAGUGAUGGCUCUGCGCAGGGACAAGAUGUUUGUGGAGGAAGUGUCCACGGGCCAGGAGUGUGGAGUGGUGCUGGACAAGACCUGUUUCUAUGCCGAGCAAGGAGGGCAGAUCUACGACGAAGGCUACCUGGUGAAGGUCGAUGACAGCAGCGAAGACAAAACUGAGUUUACGGUGAAGAACGCUCAGGUCCGAGGAGGGUAUGUCCUGCACGUAGGAACAAUCUAUGGCAGCCUGAAAGUGGGGGAUCAGGUCCGGCUGUUUAUUGAUGAGCCCCGACGGAGGCCUGUCAUGAGCAACCACACAGCCACCCACAUCCUGAACUUCGCCCUGCGUUCCGUGCUUGGGGAGGCUGACCAGAGAGGCUCCCUGGUUGCUCCUGACCGCCUUCGGUUUGACUUCACCGCCAAGGGAGCCAUGUCCACCCAACAGAUCAAGAAGGCCGAGGAGAUUGCAAACGAGAUGAUUGAAGCAGCCAAGCCCGUCUACACCCAGGAUUGUCCUCUGGCAGCAGCUAAAGCCAUCCAGGGCCUGCGGGCUGUGUUUGAUGAGACCUAUCCUGACCCUGUGCGAGUCGUCUCUAUUGGGGUCCCGGUGUCUGAGCUGUUGGAUGACCCCUCCGGUCCUGCUGGCUCGCUCACUUCUGUUGAGUUCUGUGGGGGAACGCAUCUGCAGAAUUCGAGUCACGCGGGAGCUUUUGUGAUUGUGAGUGAAGAAGCUAUUGCCAAGGGCAUCCGGAGGAUUGUUGCUGUCACAGGUGCCGAAGCCCAGAAGGCGCUCAGGAAAGCAGAGAGCUUGAAGAAAUCUCUCUCUGUCGCGGAGGCCAAAGUGAAGGCCCAGACUGCGCCAAAUAAGGACGUGCAGAGGGAGAUCGCGGACCUUGGUGAGGCUCUGGCCACCGCAGUCAUCCCUCAGUGGCAGAAGGAUGAAUUCCGGGAGAAUCUCAAAUCCCUGAAGAAAAUCAUGGAUGACCUAGACCGGGCUAACAAAGCCGAUGUCCAGAAGCGGGUGCUGGAGAAGACAAAGCAGCUCAUUGACAGCAGCCCCAACCAGCCCCUUGUCAUCCUGGAGAUGGAGAGCGGCGCCUCGGCCAAGGCCCUGAACGAAGCCUUGAAGCUCUUCAAGACGCAUUCCCCUGAGACGUCUGCCAUGCUCUUCACAGUGGAUAAUGAGGCUGGCAAGAUCACAUGCUUGUGUCAAGUCCCCCAGAAUGCAGCCAACCGGGGCCUGAAAGCCAGCGAGUGGGUGCAACAGGUGUCAGGUCUGAUGGAUGGCAAAGGUGGUGGCAAAGAUGUGUCCGCUCAGGCCACAGGCAAGAACGUGGGCUGCCUGCAGGAGGCGCUGCAGCUGGCCGCCACCUUUGCCCAGCUCCACCUGGGAGAUGUGAAGAACUGAGGGGGAAGGGCGGCUACCACGAGGAGGCAUCUCCCCCGCACCCAGAUGGAUCCGUCCAGCCAGGAGCACUCCAUCCCCCACAAGGACAUUCUAAUCUUGGGACCUUUAAACAGCCCCAUCUGUCCUCCUAACCCAGCAGUAACUGGAACUUAGCCUGGGAGCCAGUCUGUGACUCAGUUCCCAUGUUACGCUUCUGCCCCGAGCACAUCAGCGCCAUCUGUCUAGAACCACUACCCCAGGAUUGUCUGUAGAGUUCUCUGCAGACCCAAGGCUCUGGGCCUGCAGGGAGGAAUCGUUUUUGCUGCAGAGAAUAAAAGGACCAUGUGCAAUA